GGACCGACUCGCGAGCGAGGAGGGUGCUCUGGGCUGGGGGGGCUCGCGCUGAGCCGUGCCGUGUAGUGCCGUGCCCGAUCUGGCAAGACCACCGCACCCCUGCCCUGCCUCAAAGGCCAAGGGUACCAGGGCACCAGGGUACCAGGGCGCCACUUGCAUUUCGCACGAAUGAGGUCACUCGACUGCGACUCCAUCGUCCCCCGGGGAAUGUCGGAGGCGAUGCCAUGGGCUUUGCCGUGGGCUUUGCCAUGACCGAAACAUUGCCACCAAUGUUCCACGCCUACGAGCAGCGUCGGAGAAAGAGAAAGCGGAAGGACUCGUCUCGCGGCCUGAGACGUUGCUGAGCCACCAUGUCGCUGCUCAGCGUCACAGUUCGGAAGGCGGAGUUCGUUGGGACGCAGUCGGCGCAGAACAACUCGUACGUGACGCUCAAGCUGCAGAAUGUCAAGACAACGACGGUGGUGGUGAAGGGAUCCAACCCCUGCUGGGAGCAAGACUUUCUUUUCGAGACCAGUGACCUAAACCAGGGAUUGCUCAUCGAAGUAUGGGGCAAAGGCAUGCUAUGGGACCGGGCCAUGGGCUACUGCUUCAUCCCGCUGCAGACCAUCAUGUACGAAAUGGACGAUGGCAGCAACGAGAAUUGGCUGCCGCUGGACGGGGAGCUGGUGAUGCAGGACGGGGACGUAAUCGGCACCAAGGCGCCCACGGGCCACUCCAUCCUCAUCAACUGCCACUUCGAACAACCGUUCGACGCGGAGGGCACGGACGGCGCCGAGCUGCAGCGCAAGUUGGAGAGACUCAACACCUCGAUGGAGCAGGACGCCCGCCGGAGGCUGCAGUACAGCGGCCACUCCGGCUAUUCGGAGGACAGCGACUACACUUCGGAGCUCAACUACCCCGUGGGCCAGCACCCCAACUCGAGCGCCUCUCAGUUCCGGGGGAUGGCCAGUCAGAUGCGGACGCCCGGCUCCAGCAGAGAGAACUCGUGGGACGACGGCGGCCGCUACCAGACGGGCUACCAGCAGGGCUACUCGGACGGCUACCAGGGUUACGACAAGAACGACCCCUCCUACGGCAGCGGCUACUACGACACACCGAACCGGUCGCUGGAGUCGAGCAGGGAGAACAGCUACGAGCGGGACGACGGGACCACGGCGUACCAGCAGGGCUUCGAGGAGGGCCGGCGGAGGUUCCUGUUGGCGCAGAACCGGGCGCAGUUCGGUGCCGACCAGACUGUUCCGAUGGACGACUUCGGGUACCAGGAUGGCGCCCAGGCGGAAGAAGGGUUAGAUUUGUACUACAAUAGCAGGCCGCGGGGGAAGGAGAAGCCAUCGAGGAGGCGGAGGAAGAAUUGGGAAGAAGACAGCGGGUCUAGCAACUGGUACGCAGGCAGCGCGACGGAGCAGCCUUACGGAAAGCAGAAGUACGACAGCCAGUACGCACAAGACUUCAACCAGUCGGGCUACAACCAGUCGAACUACGACCAGACGGACUACAACCAGACGACUGACUUCAAACAGGCUGACUACAAGGCUCCGGGCUCCUACAGCACAAACACGGCCAAGAACUUCACCAACAGCACCGCCGCCCCGCCCAAGAAGCAGCUACCAGCGACUCCCGCCUUCCAACCGGCUUCCAAGGCGUUGCCAAAGCCGUACCAGGACAGCUCCAGUGUAUCAUCGUACGGCAAGACAGGCUUCCAGAGCAACCAGAGCAGCGCUUACUCCAAGAAGGGCUUCAAGGAUGCGUACUCCGACCAAGGCUACCAGGACACUAGUUACCAAGAUCAAAGCUACCAGGAUCCCGCGUAUACGGCGCCCGCGUAUCAGGAGCCUGCGUAUCAGGACCCUGCUUAUCGAGAUCCUGCUUACCAGGACCCCAGCUACCAAGCCUCCAACUACCAGAAUGCCGCCUACCAGAACUCAAGUUACCAAGAACAGGGUUACCAAAACUCCAGCUAUCAGGACCCGUCCUAUCAAACCGCAGGGUACCAGGAUUCUACUUAUCCGAACUCGUAUCAGGACGGGAACUACCAGGGUGCAGGGUACCAGGACGGUGCCUACCGAGACGGCGCGUACCCGAGUGCUGACUACCAAACCGACCCUUACCAGCAGGGUUACGGGAGCCAGAACUACGCCAAUACGCAAGCCGACUUUAAGCAGGACUACCAACAGGGUACAGAAUUUAAGGGGGAAUUGACGACGACCGAGCCGUACAACGAGACCUUCAAGCAAGACUCCUUCGAUGAGUCGGGAAAGAAGAAAGUCCGUGACAAAACUGGACGGCGUCCGAGCCUCGAGCGGCAGACGACGCUGUACGACGACUCCGUCUACAACGACCCCGCCUACUACGACGCCAGUGCCACCAUCGACCAAAGCGGUUACGACCAAAACGGCGCCGCGUCUUCCUACUACGAUGAAAGCUCCGUGUAUCCUUACCAAGACAAACGGAGCGGUCGCGAGCAGGAGGACCGUCAGUGGGACUCUGGAGGGACGAAGUACCCGGAGACUUCCAGCGUUGGAGGCUACGGGUACGACUCGUAUGGCACGGCGGCCGAGCCCCGGCCGGCCGAGCCCGCCGUGGACGCGCCCCGCUCCAAGGCCAAGCAGGCCUGGAAGCAGGGCUACAGCGAGUACUCGGACACGUCGUACACCAGCGGUACCAUGGACGUGCCGGAGGACGAGGUGUACUACUCGCCGCGACAGGGCAUGAGCUACGACGAGGACUACGGCGCGCCAAGCACGACGACGUCGGUGUCGGGGGCCGCGACGACAGAGACGAACGGUAGCGGGGCUCGCCGCCGCCCCAUGAUCUCACAGAGCGCCACCACCAUCGAUGACUACGAUUACGGCUACGGCUACGGCACGACCACGGACACGACCGCCAGCUCUGCCCUGGUCACCACGACCUCGUCGACGACCACGAUGCCCACGUCGUCGUCCUCCGUGCCGGCCACUCCGGCGCACGCCGCGGACAAGGCCGCGGCUUUGGCCAACCGGUCGUCCUCCAUGGACCGCACUCAGUCCGAGUCCCAGGACUAUUACGGCUACGACCAGUACGGCAACUACGAGGGCUACGACCAGUACGGCUAUAACGAGGACUACAACUACGCGUACCAGAGCCAGGACCAGCUGCCCACCGACCAGACGGGCCUAGCGGGCCAGGGGACAGAAGGCGUCGGCGCGGCCUGGGGCGGCGCCAACUCGUACUACUACAGCUGCAACGAGGACGAGUACUAUGCGGAGCAGGACACCUCCACGACGAAGACCACGGAUGGGACCGCCCCCGAGUCCAAGGCCAGCCUGGCAACCGUGGAACCGGCCCCUGAGCAGGGGACGAGUGCUCCCGAGUCUGAGUCCACCACCCUUGGAUCCGUCUUCGGGUCCCUGGAGCUAGGGCCUCGACAACCCGAAACCAACUUCGGGUCCCUGAAGCUAGGGGAUCGAGAACCCGAGUCAACCUUCCGGUCCCUGAAGCUAGGGGAUCGUGACCCCGAUUCCAUAUUUGGGUCCCUGAAGCUAGGGACUCAAGAACCCAAAUCCUCCUACGAGCCUCUGGACGCAGAGUCUCGAAAACCCGAAUUCACCUACGAGUCCAUGGAGCUAGGGGCUAGGGAAUCUGUAUAUGAGUCAAUGGACCUAGAGACUCAAGAACCUCAAACCAACCUCCAGUCUCUGGAAGCAGAUAAGUCUCGUGUAUCCGAGUACACCCACGAGUCCGCGGAGCUUAAGUACGGGGAAACCAAAUACAGCUACGGUUCAACGGCGCUAGAACCUCGAAAAUCCGAAUACCUCUUUGGGUCUACUGAGCUGAAGUCUGGGGAAUCCGAGUACGCGAAAAAGACAGAAAAUGAUUCUGUGGAAUCUAAAUACAUCUACGGGUCUACGGAGCUUAAGUCUGGAGAAUCCGAAUACGUCUACGGCUCAAAGGAGCUAGAGUCUGGAAUAUCCGAAAACGUCUACGGGUCAAAAGAGCUAGAGUCUGGAAAGUCUGACUACGUCUACGGGUCGAAAGAGCUAGAGUCUGGGCAAUCCGAAUACGUCUUCGGGUCAAAAGAGCUAGGGUCUGGUGAGUCCGGAUACGUCUACGGGUCAAAAGAGCUAGAGUCUGGGAAAUCCGACUACAUUUACGGGUCAAAGGAGCAAGAGUCCGGAAAAUCCGAAUAUGUAUACGGGUCAAAGGAACUAGAGUCUGGAAAAUCAGAUUACGACUACGGGUCAAAAGAGCUAGAGUCUGGAAAAUCCGACUACGUCUACGGGUCAAAGGAGCCAGAGUCUGGACAGUCUGAGUACGUUUUCGAGUCAAAAAAGCUAGAGUCUGGUGAAUCCGUAUACGCUUACGGGUCGGAAGAGCAUAAGUCCGGAGAGUCCGAAUACGUCUACGGGUCAAAGGAUGAGGAGUUUGGAAAAUCCGAAUACGCUUAUGGGUCUACAGAAUUAGAUUAUGGAAAAUAUGAGCACCUUUAUGGGUCAAAAGAAACAGAGUUCGGACAGUCUGAAUACGACUACGAGUCAAAAGAGCUAAAGUCUGGAGAAUCCGAAUACGCCUAUGGGUCAAAGGCACUGGACUCUGAAAAGUCGGAAUAUACGUACGGGUCGAAAGAACUCGAGUCUAACGAUUCCGAGUACGUUUACGGUUCAAAAGAGAUAAAGUCAGGAGAAUCUGAAUACGACUAUAGGUCCACGAAUUUAGAGUCUCAAGAUUCCGAAUAUGUUUACGGAUCCACUGAUAUUGAGUCUAAAGAACAUGAAUUCUUCUAUGAUUCUAAAAGUGACCUAGAGGCUCGUGAUUCCGAUUUGUAUGGGUCUGCGAAGUUAGAAUCUACAGAACCUGAUUAUCUUUACUCGUCUACUGAGCCAAAGACCAAAGACUCUGAAUUCGCAUAUGACUCUUUAAAACUAGGAUCCCGUGAUCCAGAUUCCGUCUUCGGGUCUCUGGACCUCGGGCCACGAGAUGCUGACUCUGCUUUUGGAUCACUGGAGGUAGCUCCUCGAGCCACCGAGCCCACACCAGGGCCUCCUCCCGGGCCACCUCCCGGUCCCACCCCUAGCUCCAUCUUCGGUUCCGUCCUCGGGUCUGCCACUGGGUCAGGCCCGGCAUCCCUCUUUGGGUCCGUUCUCGGGGCAGCUGCCGGCUCUGCCGCUGGUUCUGGCAAAAUGUUGGGAUCGGUCUUCGGAUCCGUCCUCGCCUCAGCCCCCAAGCCCGCCCCUGGCUCCAUCUUCGGAUCCGUGUUCGGGUCUGUCCUCAAAACGGCUCCCGACCAAGGCAAGGGUGUGAUCCCCGAGCCAACCCCCGAGCCCACUUCACGGAUAGAACCCUCGGGCACAGCGCCGUCGUCCCCGGUGACCAGCCAAGCUGAGCGGGUGCCUUCCCUGGACUCCGUGCCGGAACAGACUCAGCAGGGCCAGCAGGGCCUGCAGGAGGGCGCGCCCGCGUCGCUAGCACGCAAGCGCCAGUUCCAGCAACGAGGGUCGCGGACGCGCGGCCUCGACUCGCUCGAGUCGAAAGAUGACGACCUGCGGGAGUCUUUCGAGACGGCCAUCUCCUCGGUCAGCCACACGUUCCCCACGCCGUCGUCCACGGCGCCCACCGAGGCCGCCUACCAGGCUGAGAUGGCCACCACGCCGCCCCUGGACCGCGGCGAGUCCAUCCUGGAGGAGGACGAGGAGUACGAUGAGUCGCCGCCGCCGAAGCCGGUCACCGUGCCGAGCAUGGCGACGACGUCGCCGCCACCUACACUGCCACCCAGCGUCAUGGGGUCCCUCGAGGAGGAGGUACCGCCGGAGACAGCGCGCAGCCCCGAGCUGCUACGCAAGACGUCCCUGGAGCACGACGUGGAGAUGCCGAAGAAGCUGGAGCCCACCCUGCAGCCGACGCAGACGCAGCCGCAGAGGCCCAAGAUGAAUGCCAAGGAGCGCUGGCACUGGGCCUACAACCGGGUCGUCCAUCAGAUUAACGCUCUAAUGUAG